AUGAAGGAUGCGUUUGCGCAGUCUAUCAUCGACAGUUCGGACGGCGUGUUCAACGAAGUGGUUGAUGUGGAGGCCGUCGUCCGCCGGCGGCGCCUGCAGGCGGAGUAUCCGCCUUCUCCGGCGCUGACGCGGGAGGCAGAUCGUACGCGGCGCUUGCAGACGGAAUAUCCGCCGAGCCCGGCGCCGACGCGGGAGGCAGAUCGUACUCUGGCGCCGACGCGGGCGGCCGCGGGCCUCGCGGACGUCUCUUACACGGGCGUCGCGCGCGUCGACGGCAUCGAGGACGCCGAGGCCGUAUCGACGGAUUUAUUGGAGAAGGCCGCGGCCGCCCUGACGACCGCGGUCGACGACGGGAGCUUUCUGACCAAGCUUCGGACCAACGCCGCGGAACGCUCGCCCGAAGCCGCCGCCGCGUUCAACGCCAUCACCGUCGACGAGACGGCGACGCGAGCUCACAUCGGGCGAGCAAGGCACGUGUUUGUCGUCACGACACCGGAGCCGACAGCGGCGCCGACGCCAAGGCCAUUGUCUCCUCCGACGCCAAAACCGACCCCAGCACCGACGCCGCGGCCGUCCCUCACGAUGUCGCCCGUAUCUUUGGUCUCAGGCGGCGGCUCUGGCUCCGGAUCUGGCGCAGCGGGCCCGGACGCGGCGACGGCGGGCGGCGCGGCCGCCGGCGCGCUCGUGCUGCUCCUGGCCGCCGCCGGAGCCUUCUUCUUCUACCGUCGAAACACUGCUGCUAAGAAGUCGCAGGACGUUGAGGCCAACGCGAACGGGGUAUGCGACGAGGCCGGCGGAUUGGAGGCGCCGCCUCAGACCGCCGUCAUCACCUCCAAGGCUCGACGAGCCGCCGCCGCCGCCCGCGCCGGGGCUGCUUGCCCGGGCCCUGAGUCGCCGCGGGAGCGACGCUGCCGCGGCCGCGCCGCCGCCCGCGCCGGCGGCCGCGCCCACCACUACCGUUCGCGGCAAGAAGCGCGGACCGGUUAAGGGGGCGACAGCAAAGGCGGACAGCAAGAUCCGCAUGGUCUUCGCGCCGAUGCGGACGUGGUACGGAGCACCGGCGCGGCGCGCGCUGCGGGAAAAGUAUGGACAGUUCCCGCCGACUCCGGAGGCGCUCGCGAAUUGGAAGUCGUUCGGCGCUGUGACGACGGCGUUCCUCGACGAUCAGGGCGUCGCGUCGACAGGCGCGCCCGCAGCGUCGGCCGCGGAGCCCCCGGCCGCGGCGCCGCCGGCCGCCGCGCCCGUGACGGCGCCCUCGGCGCCUCCUGCGCCGGAGGCGCGCGGCUGGUUCGGCUGGGGCGCGGGCGGCGACCCCGCUUCUCCGUCGCAGCCGCUCGAAGGUGUCCUCGUCACGCCGCCGACGGCAGUCCCCGGCACGGCAUCGGUCGUCGCGUCGUCGAUGUCGCGCGCGGCCGCACCGCCCCGAAACUUCUGCCCAUCUUGCGGCAACCGGCUCGCGGACGGCGCGAACUUCUGCAUGGCGUGCGGCCGUUCUGUUUCUUCCUGA